GGCAAGAUCACGCACUCACUGCUCGAGGCUGGCCGCCGAGAUGGUUGGCUACAGCCUUAGCUAUCGACGGUUUCUCCGCAACGCACAGGAUCCGCGCCAUGUCUCCUCACCCCCCGAUACACGACGGAAGUCUAGUCGGCGAUCAUGUGAAGACGCGUCGACCCAUAGGAAGCGCGUCGGGCCAUAUGCACGGGCCUCCCUGGUCUCCCAGGUCCCACAAAAACAAGCGAGCGCGCUUUCCUUCAACGACAGAUGAUGACGCCAUGUCUUCACCACGGUACACUGCGGUCAUCGCUGCCACGCAACUCUAGCAGGACUUCAAAUGCGAGAGGACAGCCGGUGCACCUCCUAAACAUACACCACAAUGCUAGAUCUACGACCAACUUUGCGCGUGGCGCUGCCCGUUGUCAAAGCCCUCCCAGAAUGCGCAGAUUUCUCCAGGACCGUCUCGCCGUUUCUUCCGCAGCUGUAUGACUUACCACAGAGGGUUUUCGACAAUAUCAACAACCUAGAAGCGCUUCAACACGUGUACCUCUCCACGAACCCCCUGAUCACCGCACUCGGGUUUUCCCUGUUCCUCACGCCGAUCGUGUUUAUUGUCGCCGAAAUCAACAAGAACUACUCGCAGGUAGAUCGCCUGUGGAGCAUAUUGCCCGUUAUCUACAACUCGCACUACGCGCUAUGGGCGCACCUGUCAGGACUUCCCACGCAGCGACUGGACCACGUCAUGGCCGUCACCAUCUUGUGGGGCGCGAGGCUGACCUUCAACUACUGGCGCAAAGGAGGAUACAGCGUCGGCUCUGAGGACUACAGAUGGAACAUCGUGAAAGACUACGCUGGUCCCGCUGCUAUGUUUGUUCUCAACAUCGUAUUCAUUUCACUGGCGCAGAAUAUACUUCUCUUUGCCAUCACAACGCCGACCUACAUCCUCCUUCUGUGCUCACGCCUCACCGGAGACGAGUUCACCUUCUACGAUAGCAUCUUCUCCAAGCUCAUUUUCGCAAUCGUACUGAUCGAGUUCUUCGCCGACCAGCAACAGUGGAAUUUCCAUGGGGCCAAGAACGCGUACAAGGCAACAGCAAAGGUACCCAAGGAAUACAGCUACACUCGCGAACAGCUCGAUCGCGGUUUCAAUACCAGCGGCCUCUGGGCAUGGUCCCGCCAUCCCAACUUUGCUGCCGAGCAGGGCGUGUGGUUGGCAUUGUACCAGUGGUCUUGCUCUGAGUCGGAGACAUACGUCAACUGGUGCUUUGCGGCCGCGCUCUCCUAUCUGAUUCUCUUUCAGGCCAGCACCUGGCUCACUGAGUUGAUCAGUGCGAAGAAGUACCCGGACUAUAAGCUCUACCAGGAGCGAGUUGGCAGGUUCUUGCCUAAGAUUGCUACUGGAGGCAUGGACGCGCCCACAGCCAAUGUCAACGCGGUUAGUCAGAAACAACAAGACACUCGCAAAAAUGUCAAAGCUACUGGAAGCACAAGAAAAAGGUGAACUUUACGCGACAACGCAUCGAGCUUAUUCCGACGGCGGUAAAUGCGUCUCAAGCCCGACUUUGGGUUUGGUGACCACGUCAGGAACACACAACAUGUCACUGAGCGGACAUGCUUGCGAUGAGAUCAAAUCUCAGGAGGAGGACGGUUGGAAUCGGGUCUAAGAUGAUUCUUAUAUCAUGAACAAUCUCAGCCCUACUACAUAAUAUUGUCAAUAUAAUUACCUAUUCCAUCCCACACUGUGCAACACGCUCCGCGAAACAUUGUAUACCGUCCCGAGGGCACAUUCGACUGCCCUCCAUUACUAUGUGUUCAUACAUUUCGAUAACAAGCGCUGGAUGCCUCUCCCGAAAAGCCUCGGCUCAAUGAAGGUGCCUGCCCUUGCUAGUAGGCGCGCUCACAAGACCUCCCCAAAGUAGGCUAGCAGCUCCGAAGAGGUGCCUCUGAUUACCACAUUUGGAGAAGGGGAUUUCGACGUCAUCGAACCAAAUGAAUGGCG